AUGCUCGUCCUUCGCAUUCACCGUUGCUCAUGCUCCCAUUCUCGGGCUAGCGCACUCCGGAAAUACUCCUCCAAGCCCUCAAUACCGCCAUUACCCCCACCGGCGCAAUGGAAAGCGCGCUUUCCUAUAAACAACACCUUGAGACGCGAGCGAGCAGUCAUCAAAGAUCCAGACGCAGCCAGGUUGGUUGCGCGAUCCUUCCUGUCUCAGGCUAAGAGUAACAAUGGUGGAAAGAUAGUCAUUGAGGCCUUCCCUGGUCCAGGCGCCCUGUCACGCGCGAUGCUUGAGUUGCCCUCGUCCGAGCUUAGGAAAUUGAUCAUCCUCGAAGACGAUGAGCAGUACCUGGAAGCACUCAAACCUCUCCAAGAAGCGGACUCCCGUGUGACAAUAGUCCCUAUGUCCGGGCAUAGCUGGGACACCUAUAGUCAGAUUGAGGAGACAGGACUAUUGAAGGACGUAGAAUCCCAGCCUUGGGAUGGCCCAGUACCCAAUCUUCACUUCGUAUCCCACCUCCCUGUCAGCGUGAAGGGCGAACAGUUGAUUGCUCAGCUUUUCCGCUGCAUACCCGAGCGCUCCUGGCUGUUCCAGUACGGUCGGGUGCCGAUGAGCCUCAUCCUGACAGACUACGUCUGGUCGCGAUUAAGCGCGCCACCGCGGGACGCGCGGCGCUGUAAGCUCGCGGUCAUUUCCGAGGCCACAGCGGACGUAAAGCCUGCAGUCGACCCCGAAGAACUCGCGCCCUAUGCAGACUACUUCCAUCCGAUACCCGUAGUAGCGGGCGUCCACAAGGUCGUUUCCAAGAGAAUCGGCCAGCCGAUGCACGCUUUCACCGCGAUACCCUACGAAGAGCAGGUGAUUCAACGGGGCGAUACCGACAAGUGGGACUUCUGCUUGCGGCGGUUAUUCGUGCUCAAGAACACACCGUUGAAAAACGCACUCAACUCUUUGGCACCCGGGGCGACCUCGCUGAUCAAGGACCUCACGGACGCGCGAGUUCCGCUGGAGCAGCGCGUGAACCCAACUAAAAGCCCGCGGGAUUUGACAAUUGCCGAUUGGACAUUGCUUUUACGCGCGUUCAACAACUGGCCGUUCAGACCAGAAGACUUGAUGAUCACUGAUGGCUUCAAGGAGGAUGACUGA